AUGGCGAGGGAAACCACUCUUCUAUUCCUCCUUCUCUGCAGCUCAUCUCUUGCAUCUCCACACCACCAUUAUUCCGCCAUGGAUUUCCUCCAACCCUUGCUCGGAACCCAAAAAGGAAACCUAACCCAAGGCCUCUCCAAACUCAAGAAUCACCUCUCCCGCCUCGGAUACCUCACCACCAUUCACAAACCCUCCUCCUCUUCACCACCACCACACGAUGAUCUCUUCGACGGCGCUCUCCAACAAGCUGUAACAGACUACCAAUCCUUCUUCAGCCUCCCACCCACCGGCGCCCUCGACGCCGCCACCCUUGCCCACAUGGGGAAGCCACGCUGCGGCGUCCGCGAUGUCUCCCCUCCCAACACCACAGCCCACUACACCUUCUUCCCCGGCCAGCCCAAGUGGCCGGCCGGGCGGAGAAACCUCACCUACUCCUUCCCACCGGGGACCCGAGCCGACGCCCACAAGGCCAUCCUCGACGCCACCAAUAUAUGGGCCAGCGUCUCGCCCUUGAAAUUCAGGUACACCAAGGACUACAGCGCCGCCGACAUCAAGAUCAGCUUCCAGUCGAGGGACCACGGCGACGGGUCGGCCUUCGACGGCAGCGGCGGGAUACUGGCCCACGCCUACGCCCCGACCGACGGGAGACUGCACUUCGAUGGGGACGAGAGGUGGGUGGAUGGGGUGGUGGGAGGGGCGUUUGAUUUGCAGACGGUGGGACUGCAUGAGCUGGGGCAUGUGCUUGGGCUCGGCCAUAGCCAAGAUGGUGGUGCGGUGAUGUUCCCUCAAGUUGGGAAUGGGUUCAGAAAGGUUUUGGGCAAAGAUGAUAUUGAUGGAAUUAGGGCUUUGUACUCAUCCUAA